AUGGAUUUAACAGCUCCCGAAGAUCAAAUUCCUUUGCCUGGACAAUGGCCUGUUGAUCCUCAGGAAGAUGUACCAAUCUCAGAGGACCGUCUUUGGGUCGAUGGAUGCUUCGACUUCAGUCACCAUGGUCAUGCUGGUGCUAUGCUUCAAGCUCGUCAGCUCGGAAAGGCUCUUUACGUGGGAAUACACUCCGAUGAAGCGAUCCUCGAAAAUAAGGGUCCAACAGUGAUGUCACUGGAAGAACGUGUCGCAGCCGUUGACGCGUGUCGAUGGGCAACUCAGAGUGUCCCUCACGCCCCCUAUGUGACCUACCUGCCUUGGGUGUCCCACUACGGUUGUAAAUAUGUUGUUCAUGGAGACGACAUCACUUCAGACAGCGACGGAAAUGACUGCUACCGGUUCGUUAAAGCUGCUGGUCGCUUCCGUGUCGUCAAGCGAACCCCUGGGAUAUCCACAACCGAUCUUGUCGGUCGCAUGUUGCUGUGUACCAGGAACCACUUUGUCAAAUCUGUGAAGGGAACCCUUGCUGGACAGGAAGGCUUUGGGAGUCCGGAAGAGCGGCAGGCUUCUGCCACAGAUCUGUUGCGGAGAAUUAAAGACUAUGCCACAGACGAGAGUGGUCUUCAACCUGGACCUCAGGUGUGGACCUGGACUGGCUCAGGCACAGCCAAGCUAGACCAUGUGGUCGAGGAGGCUGGCCUUUUCGAGACCUUGGUCCACGGGAAAGGUCCCAAGCCUGGGCAGCGCAUUGUUUAUGUUGAUGGAGGCUUCGAUCUCUUCUCGUCCGGUCACAUUGCGUUCCUGCGCAAGGUUACGGAGCAUGAGGAGACCGAGGCCCGUCGCAGUGGUUGGUAUGAACCGGAACAGAUCGAGAAGAGAUUGAAGGAGUAUAACGAAGAUUAUCCUCCUGCCUAUCUUGUCGCAGGUAUUCAUGAUGACGAUGUCAUCAACCACUGGAAGGGCUUGAACUACCCAAUCAUGAACAUCUUUGAGCGCGGUCUCUGCGUUCUUCAGUGCCGUUACAUCCAUGCUGUCGUCUUCUCUGCACCUUUCACCCCCAGCGAGUCAUACCUGAAGGCUAUGCCUUGGGGGACUCCCGAUGCUGUCUAUCAUGGACCCACGACCUUCAUCCCGCUUACCUAUGACCCUUACGCUGACCCCAAGAGAAUGGGGAUUUUCCGGGAAGCCGAGCAGCAUGCCUUUCAACACGUGAAUGCUGGCGAGAUCGUUGGCCGGAUCUUGAAAAGUCGUGAAGCUUACGAAGCUAGGCAACGUGCGAAGCUGGAAAAAUCGGUAGCGGAAGAUCUAGUGAAGUCAAAGGAGGCAGCCGGAGCGACCCAAUAG